UUUAGCUCUCUAUACUUCUCAAUGUUUUCAGAUAAAGAUAGGCAUGGGGUCCCCAACAUCCCGGUGGACUAAAACUAGUUCCUUGGCAAAACUGGUUUUCAGCCAGUCUACUAUUGAACCUGUUUUUAACAAUACUACUUUAAAACUUGUACUCAACCAUACUUUCCUUGAGUCAAUUUCUAACCACACUAUCCAAGAGCAUAACCACGCUAACCAAGAGUUUAACCACGCUAACAAAGAGUUUAACCAUGCUAACCAAGAGUUUAACCAUGCUAAUGAAGAGUUUAACCAUGCUAACCAAGAGUUUAACCAUGCUAAUGAAGAGUUUAACCAUGCUAACCUAGAACUUGACCAAGCUAACCCAGAACCGGUUUCAAAUUACACUUACCUGGACCCGGUUUCAAAAUACACUGACACAGAACCUUUGCCCCAUCAUGCAAACUUCGGUGUGUUCUUCUACAUGUGUAUCCUGAUGCUUGUUUCCAAUAUGGCGACCAGUACACUCCGCAGUUACCGGAAAUCCCUUCCGUUCCUUAGGAUAAACCAGAUUCUUCUCCUCAAUGGAUAUCUUGUUGAGGUCUUCAACAUAUUCACCACUCACUUGUGUUUUCUGACAAUGUGGAGCUCCUCUGUUAGCUACCUGCCCUAUUCAAUUGGGGUCUUUUCCGCAGCUUUUCUUCACUAUCUCCAUAAUGUAUCCAUCCUCAUCGCUAUGGCCAUCUCCAUCGUUAGAGCCCUGAUGGUGAUGAAGUUCAACAAGAUGAUCCAGCUUGACCCUGAGGUUUGGGCAAAACGGAUAAUGGUCUCAAUCCUGAUCCCUCUAGCCAUCCUUGUUGGGGUUCAAGCAGCUCAGUGUUACUCAGUAGGUUUCGUAACCCCUCAAGAGUCCUUCUACACUGGUCUGGAGGUUUCUGACCAACCUAAUCUUCAUAUCUUAACAAUAUUUAUCACUGGGUCAGUUUCUCUACUUACAGCAAUUGGUUCCUACACCUUCAUCUGGUAUUAUCUCAAUACCUACCAUAACACCAGGAUUGUUGAGGCAGAGAAAGCAAAUGCUGUGAAAAACAUGAUCAGCACAAAAUCCAUUAUUAUCACCAUCUUCUUCUCCAUCCUUGCCCUAGUCCUCGUCACUGUCAUGAGGUCACAUGACCAACGUAGAGCACCAGUCAAUAUCUUAGGGGCUGGAUCCUUCUUCCCUAUCUACCAGGUCUACUUCUGUCAGAAGCCUCAUAUUAAAGCAUUUAUAUGGAGAAGACACCAACUCAGGAUUACUGAACUUAAAACUAAAAUAUUUUUGGUUUUCAAGUUCUUAAGGCCUAACAAUGUUGUUCCUCCACAAGCUAGACAAGCAGGGCUAGAGUAAGUCCUAGAGGACAGUCUUAGAUAAAGAUAGGCAUGGGUUUCGUCAACAAACUAAAUAUCUAAAUACAAACCAAAUUUUUCUUAGAUCAUAGGGGGGUUCAGAAAAAUUAACAUACGAUUGUCAUCAUUUUAUUUAUCUGUCAGGCCAUUAAAGAAUAAUUUAUAAAUUUGAACGAACUUGAAAAAACUAUAGUUUUUUCCGAACAAUGUUUUUUCAAACAAGCUUGAAAACAUGGGUUUUAAAUGAAAAA